GAUUUGUUCCACACAAUGACUCCACACAUCUGCGACUGCGAUCAUGAUCCUUCCCGCUGUGCAAGUGGACCCGGUGUUACGGAUCCGGUAUUGAGCCUGUGGUACAUCCGGGGCGGGUCCGGUCCGGAGUCACUUGACAGUCAGGGAAGUUUUAGCGGAUUCAGGCCCGUGUUUACUUUCGGCGGUGUUGAGCCGCUGUUCUGUCACCUGCUGUCGGGAUUCAGCGUCUCUUUACUCUGGAUCAGACCACAGCUGGUUUUCCUGCUGACAUUCAUGGAGCUGCGUCUCUCUGCCUGCAUCCUGUUGGUACUUUGUGUGACAUGGAGUGCAAAUGGAGGGAACAUUUUGGUGUGGUACACCGAAGGCAGCCACUGGAUAAACAUGAAGCCUGUUCUGGAGACAUUGGUUGACAGGGGACACCAGGUGACUGUACUGGUCCCGAGCUCGUCAAUGUACAUGAACACCAAUGAACCUGCCCGCUUUCACUAUGAGCCCUUCAACGUCUCUUUCUCAUUGGAGGCUAUGGAGGAGUUUCUAGAAGAGUUCCUCCAAUUCAAUGUAUAUGAGAUUGAUUAUAUGAACUACUUGGAGCUCUACAUUAGAUUCAUUGACAUAAUGAAAACUGACCUGCAGUUUUCUAUCCAGUAUUUGGACGGUGUGGUGAAAUCAGAAGCCGUCAUGAAGAAGUUGAAAGAAGGAAAUUAUGACCUACUCUUGGCUGACCCCAUCUACCCUGGCAGUGACUUGGUAGCAGAUAUUUUGGGGAUCCCACUCGUCUUCUCCUUGCGCUUCUCCUUAGUUAAUAACUGGGAGAGGCAUUGUGGUCAGAUGCCUGCUCCACCAUCCUUUGUUCCCGGUGCUAUGAGCAAACUCACAGAUAAGAUGGACUUCUCAGAGAGAGUGUGGAACUUUCUCUUCUACGCUCUUCAAGACAUCGUGAUUGAUCAGUUUUCUUGGAAAGUAUUAGACAGAUAUUACUCUGAUGUCAAAGGAACUCCCACCAGUGCCUGUGAGUUGAUGAGUAAAGCAGACAUCUGGUUAAUCCGAACCUACUGGGAUUUUGAAUUCCCUCGUCCUUUCCUCCCCAACUUCAAAUAUGUUGGUGGGAUCCACUGCAGACCUGCUAAACCUUUACCAGAGGAUCUGGAGGAAUUUGUGCAGAGUUCUGGAGAUGAUGGCAUUGUGAUCUUCACUUUAGGAUCCAUGAUCAACAACGUCACCAAGGAGAAGGCAAACAUGAUAGCCUCAGGCCUCGCUCAGAUCCCACAAAAGGUGCUAUGGAGAUACAGAGGAGAAAAGCCAGAAACUUUGGGUGCCAACACUCGAAUAUAUGAUUGGAUUCCUCAGAAUGACCUCCUGGGUCACCCUAAAACUAGAGCUUUCAUCACCCAUGGAGGCACAAACGGGAUUUAUGAAGCCAUCUACCACGGCGUUCCCAUGGUGGGCAUCCCCAUGUUUGGUGACCAGCCAGACAACAUGGUCCAUAUGAAGGCUAAAGGAGCUGCAGUUAUUCUCAAUGUGAACUUCAUGACAACUGAAGAUCUUAGAGAUGCAAUCAACACAGUCAUCAAUGACAAAUCGUACAAAGAAAAUGCUAUGCGGCUGUCCAGCAUCCACCACGACAGACCCAUGAGUGCUCUGGAAGAGGCAGUAUUCUGGAUCGAGUUCACACUGAGAAACAAAGGGGCCAAGCACUUGAGGGUCCAGGCCCAUGAGCUCACCUGGUACCAGUAUCUCAGCCUGGAUGUCCUGGGCUUCUUCCUCACCGUAGAUCUACUCCUCAUAUUCAUCUUCAUCAAGACCUGCAGUUUCUGCUUGCACAGGUGCUGUGUCAGGAAAGGAAAGACAAAAAGGAAAGCUGAAUAAUAACUAAACUGAAACGGUGCUGUGAAUAUUGGACUGGGGCAAUAUUUGUUACCAGCAUGAAACUUUCUUUCAUAUAUGUUGAAUUUCCCUUCAUCUUCUCCUUUAUGCACCACCACUAAUGACUUUAACAGAUGCACUAAUUUGCAUAACAGAACCUGAAGUUAAUCUGACAUUAAAAACCAGGGGGGUAAAGAAAAAACACUAACAUCAGAUUGAAUUCAGUAUAUUCAAACUUGGUUUUUUUUUAAUGCAUACAGAAAUAUUUUCCUAAAAAGCAUUUCAUUAUUUAUAUAAAUAUAUUCUUCACUUUUUUUUUCUUUUUUUUAACAAAUUCAAUCCAGGAAAUGUGACAAUCAACAUCUUCAUCAAUAAAUCUGAUAUCUGCAUCAUGAUUCUGUGGCGUUUAAAGUCAAAUUUCACUGUAUGAUAAUGAUUUAUCUUUAUGUGGAUCAAUAAUAACUCAAGAAUGAGAUGAUACUCUGUAAGAAUAUUUUAAUAACAAAUAAAACAUUUGCAUGGU